GAAAGAAAGAAAAUGGGGGAGAAGAAAAGGGACGGAAAAUUUGAUUUUCCUUCGUUUGGAUCAGGAAGGAAAAUCAACAGAAAAUAAAAAAGUAUGCUUUGGCCCAUUUAAAAAUUUUCACCUUAUAGUUCGGCAGAAAACUGAGAUAAGAGAGAAAAUAUUAGUAAAAAGACACAAUUACCCUUUCAAUUACAGAAAUUACAAUCCCUAAUUUCAAUCUUUCCGGAAGAAGAGAACACCUAUCGUUGUCUUAACCUGUUUGGCUUUCUUCUUCAGCAUUGCCAGCGUAGCUUCUCAUCCGCGUCCACGUUGCUACAGCAGUUUCGUUAUCAUUGUGACAGGUGAAGCACAUCUUUAACCAGGCAUCCUCAACAGAAAGCCAGUUUUGGAAUCAAGUUUGAUAUUUAGGAAUUGGAAAUAAGUGUUUCAUAUCAAGAUGGAUAAUGAAAAUAUCGAAGAUGCGAAUCUCGAAGAUAGAACAAACGUCAUAUAUGAUUCAGAAUUUCAAGUAGGUCAAAUCACUUCUACUGACCUAUAUCAUCCUCAACCAAUACAAAUACCAACUCGUGUCAGGGAAGAGUUAGAAAAUAGACAACAUAUAUGUGUCACAUCUCUUUCUUGUGUUGCAGUGCAUCAGUUGUAUCUUUUGGAAUUAAUAUCACAACAUAGGCCUAGGCAAAUUAAUAACGACAACUUGAAAAGAGAACUUAGGCGUACUCAAUUAAUGACACAGUUACUGGAGUCUGAAAAGUGUCGAGAUGUCAUACGUAUGGGUCCUGAAGCAUUUAGGCAGUUGUGUCAGAAAUUAAGAGGAACUGAUAGAGUAAAGGAUUCAACUCGUUCUACGGUUGAAGAGCAAGUCGCUAAAUUCCUACAUAUUAUAGGGCAUAAUGUGAAAACUAGAAUCAUGUCUUUCUUCUUCCACCGGUCAGGAGAGACAAUUAGUCGUCACUUUCACAAUGUCCUUCAUGCUAUUCUAUCGUUAGAGGGAGACUUCUUCAGGCAACCAUCUGGUGAGGAAGUUCCUUAUGAAAUACUUAAUAAUAGUCGAUUUUAUCCGUUUUUUAAGGAUUGCAUUGGAGCCAUAGAUGAAACUCAUAGUCGUGUGAAGAUACCAAGGGUGGAUGCCCCUCGUUUUCGCGGACGAAAAGAUCACCCAACACAAAAUGUUUUAGCGGCCUGUGGUUUUGAUAUGAAAUUCACUUAUGUGUUGUCCGGUUGGGAAGGAACUGCCUCUGACUCAAGAAUAUUGAAAGAUGCUUUAAAUAGGGAAUAUUCACUUCGAAUUCUCGAAGGAAAAUUUUAUCUAGGCGAUGCUGGAUUCAUGCUGAAGCCUGGGAUACUUACACCAUAUAAAGGUGUUCGGUAUCACCUGAAAGAGUAUUCACUACGUGAGCCACAAAAUCCUAAAGAACUAUUCAACCACCGGCAUUCUUCAUUAAGAAACGUCAUUGAAAGAUGUUUUGGAGUUCUAAAGAAAAGAUUCCCAAUUAUAGCUGGCGACACUGAACCAUAUUAUUCAUUUGAAACUAUGAGAGAUAUUUUUUGGCAUGUUGUAUACUGCAUAACUUUUUUAUGGGUGUUGAUGUUGAUCAAUCUAUAAUUGAUGAGGUUGACAGAGAAUUGCUACAAGAACGCAAUAUAGAUAGAUCACAACCAAUUCAACAACGUGAUGAGGAAUAUAGGCAUGCAGCAUUAUUACGAGAUAACAUUGCGGUUGAAA